GCUGCUUGCGUGUACAUGGUUUGCCGCAAGGAAGAAACCCCUCAUAUGUUGUUGGAUUUAAGUGAUCUACUUCAGGUGAGUGUUUAUGAAUUGGGGAAAACUUAUUUAAAGCUUUCAUCUGCUCUGUGCAUCAACAGUCCUGCCAUUGACCCAAGUUUGUAUAUUUUGAGGUUUGCUCAUCAGCUGCAGUUUGACAAAAAGACUCACGAAGUGGCGAUGACUGCUUCAAGACUUGUUCAGAGAAUGAAAAAAGACUGGAUGCAUACAGGCAGGAGGCCUUCUGGCCUUUGUGGAGCAGCUUUGCUUGUUGCUGCACGGUUACACAAUUUCAACAGGACUGUAGAAGAUGUAAUCAAAGUGGUGAAAGUAUGCCAAGCAACUGUUAGGAAAAGACUCACUGAGUUCAGUGAAACUCCAUCAAGUCGCUUAACUCUCGACGAAUUUAUGACCAUUGAUUUAGAAGAGGAACAAGAUCCACCUGCAUUUAAAAAUGCAAGAAAGAAACUGCAUGAGUUGGAAGAUGAGAGCAAGUUGAAGGAAAUAAAACAACAGGUAGAAGAGAUUCAAAAAGUGAUAGAACAGGCAAUAUCCGUUUCACAACCAAAGGGUAGAUAUUCCAAAUUGGCGAAAUUGAGUGGCUUGGAUAAAUCUAAUGACCAAAACACUCCCAGGCAGGAAGUUCCCAUGAGUCCGUCUUGCAACGUGGACUUGCUGGUGGCCAGCAAUACCGCAGACUCCAUCAGAGAGGUCGUGGAUCCAGAGGUCGAAUCCAAUUCCGGCGAGAAUUCGGAGUUGGCGCCCAUCCUGAUGAGGGAGAGUGAAUCCAUAGGAGAAGGCAUCCUCUGUCCAUCGUCCAAUGUCCCAGAAAAGGGCCCCGAACCCACCGCUGAAAGCAUCGGCCUGAAGGAGAGCAUCGAAGAGUGCAUGAGGAUACCAGAGAAGUCAAGUGAUGUACCUGAUGAUACCCUAGAUUUAACUGGCUUAGAUGAUGAUGAAUUAGAUAAUUAUCUCAUGGAGCCAUAUGAGUAUGAAAGAAAAGACCAAUUUUGGCACAAGUAUAAUGCUGAUUAUUUGCAAGAAAUGAAAGAGAGGGAGGAAAGAAGAGCUAAAGAAGAAGAAGAAAAUGCUAACAAACCUGAUAAAAAGAAAAGGCGUCGCAGCCAGAAAAGGGGGCGAAUCCAAGCGAGCACUGCCGGGGAAGCCAUUGAAAAAAUGCUGCAACAAAAGAAAUUAUCUUUCAAAUUGAAUUACGACGUUUUGAGGAACCUCAACCCGGAAAUUGGACCCGUGGAGACCACCACCACCGAGGAAGCUGUGGUGGCUGAAAAUGUGGUGGAAGAAAUAGUCCCACCGUUGAGGAGGAAGGUCAAGGCCAAGCCCAAACCACGCCCCACCGUUCCAUCCAACAUCAGGAAAGGCAUGUCUGAUAUCAUUGGCAAUACGAGGAAAAAGGAGAUGAUGGCCGCAAUAGCUGAAGAAAAUGAGCUUAUGGAGGAACCACCAAGAAAAAUGAUAAAACUUGCAGAUAUUGUGAAGGAGGAGGUCUCUGAAAAUGUUCCCUUGGAAACUAUCAUUUUAGAUGAUGUUCAGAAUACAGAAGCAGAUGAGGAAAUUGUAGAAGAUGAUGAUGAAGAAGAAUAUGAGUCAGACGAUGGAGGUAUUUUUGGAUUUCGAAGAGAAGAAAAAGUUCCUGAUUACUAUGAAUGUGAUGAAUAUGUUGACGACUAUGAUGAUUGAGAAAACUAAAUGAGCUGAUGAUCUAAUAUUGGCUGAGAAUGCGGUAAAUUUAUAGCAUUAUUUACCCUGCUUUAUACUCUUAUAUUUCUAUAAGAGUGAUAAAGUGUGCUGUUGUCAGGAUAUCAUGGAGCAUCAUUU